AAUCCUUGCUGCUCAAGAGGCUGAAAUCUGGGGCUCUUACUUCAAAGCCAGCUGGGGCCGGAAAGUCCCUGACACUCUUAUCUGCAGUUAACCAGUAAAAAGCUGGAAAUGGACCUGGUGCUCAAGUGGUGCUGGUCUUAAAGCUCAGGAAGUGCCCAGGCUUUGAGUUCCAGCCCUGGGAUUGACAUGGGGGAAAAAUUAAAAAAGCAUAUAGAAUGUGUUGUUAGUCUUGCAAUUGGUAAUAAUGGUCAGUAAUUUUAAUAAAUAAGUAGCACUCAGGGUCCAUCUAAAAUAAGAACAGGUAACAUUGUGCUAAAGAUUCUCCAUGGCUUUGCAGUGACUUGCAAUUGAUUUGAAUAAUAAUGAAAGAGAUGAUAUCCUUGGCUCAAUUUAGUGACUUGGGCUCUUAGAGAUGUGAAGACUGUUAUGUCUUUAUUGGAGUAUUACUUACAAUAAUAACCACAGUUCUCAUUUGCGGAGCCUUCUCCUAUUGGCCGUGAUUAUUUAGGUGAAUAUUGUACAACAAAGUGGGCUGUGGUCAGGAAAGGCACAGAGACAGGAGGCCAGUGGCGAGAGGCUGUCGUGCUUUGAAAAAAUGAGUGUUAGUCCAAGGAUAAAGAUGAGAUUAAAUCUCCUCAUUAGGCCCUCUACAAAUUAAUAAACAUGUGUAGAAUCCACAGCAGAUGUUUUUGCUUUAAUUUUUUUUCUAGAAAUUAUUAAGGAUUUCGCAUCUAUAAAAACCAUAGAGGAAUUUUUAUUUUGAUUCAAAGCAGAGAUUACCUGUUUGCAUUUUAACUAGGCAGUAGCAGACAGACAUUUAUCAUUUCAAAUAGCCCUAUUGUUGGGUUCUGUGUUAAAAGUCCUGGAUUAUAUUCGUUAACAUUGUAACAGGAUUAAAUGUAGCGGUAACAGUUAAGUUGGAUUUGAGAUCCUGAACAGGGCCCCAUCUGACUUAUCUUUAGUGAAUUAUAGCCUUUAAACACUGAUUACCAGAUAUGUCUCAUUUGAAUGUUAUUUUUGCAGCUAGAAUUUGUCUUACGCUCCAGUGCAGCUAAGCCUGUUGGUAUAAUCUAAUCCUAAUUAACAAUGUUUUGUGACUUGGGACUUCUGUCAAAGAUCAUUUUAGGAACUAGAAAACAUUAGAAGAAGGUAAACUGAACACAUAGCUGGAAUUUAACUUGGGAAGAAAAAGGGAAAAAAAGCAACCUUCUUUUCCUUUUAAACUAUAAUAAAUGUGCUUGUGUGAUUUUGCUGCUGUUAAUCCUCAACAUUAAAAAUUUAUGGCUGAGGGGAUUUUGUUUGGAAUUUUUGAAAGUAGGUACUGUUGAGAGAAGGAUUUUUUUCUAAACCAGAAAUUUAGAGUACACAUAUCCAUUUAUAUUCUUUGUUAAUUGAUCCUGCUUGUUGAACUGAGGAAAUGAAAAUAUGCAUGUACUAAAGAGAAAUCUGUGUUCAUAAACUCCUCCCUUUCUGUUUCCAAAUAUGUUUCAUGUGUUGUUUAUCUUAUUUAAAUAUACAGUAGACAAGAGAAUACAACUACUGUUCCUUUAAUAUCAGAACUAUGCACGUUACAAUAGGUGUCACUGUUUUGCUUGGUCCAAUCAUGAUUGGUGACUUCAGCUAUUGGCUCGGAGCGCUGGCUGUCUGACUCCAUCUGCAGGGCUGUAAUACCUACUCUCCUCUCCUCCGAUCCAUUCACCACACAACUUCAGCCAGCUGAACACACUCGCUCGCUCGGCUCCAGCACAUCUUGCUAACCUAAUUCAGAAAACAAGUACUACAGCUCUCUGCUUGUCAUCUUUGCUCAGUGUAGCAUUUUCAGGUGAUCUAAGAAACGGUUAUUUUUAUGAGCAAGUAAGAGAAACAGGAAUCAUGAUGGGGAUGUAUUUAACAGAUCCAGUACUGGAUAAAACUUAAAGCCAGUUUCUAUUCAACAUAGUGAAAAGGUCACCUUGCCUGGCUGAGAAAAGAAGCAAAAUACCAGCUUGUUGGUUCCUAUUUACAUCUUAACUCCGGCUAGCCUCUUUUUCUUGAUGUUCAAACCAAUUUGGGAUAUCUAGCUGUAAAGAGAGACAUACUGUACUCAUGGUAGAUGACAAGGAAAAGAACAUGAAAUGUCUCACCUUCUUCUUGAUGCUUCCAGAGACGGUAAAGAACAGGUCCAAGAAAAGCUCGAAGAAAGCAAACAGCAGCAGCAGUAGCGGCAGUAGUGGCAGCAGCAACAGCAAGUUGCCCCCAGUUUGUUAUGAAAUAAUUACCUUGAAGACUAAAAAGAAGAAGAAGAUGGCUGCUGAUAUAUUCCCCCGUAAAAAACCAGCCAGUUCCAGCAGCACCACUGUCCAGCAGUUCCACCAGCAGAAUCUCAGUAACAACAACCUAAUCCCUGCCCCGAAUUGGCAAGGUCUUUAUCCCACCAUUAGAGAAAGAAAUGCAGUGAUGUUCAAUAAUGAUUUGAUGGCAGAUGUACAUUUUGUGGUUGGGCCACCAGGUGGGACUCAGCGGUUACCAGGACACAAAUAUGUCUUAGCUGUUGGGAGCUCUGUGUUCCAUGCAAUGUUUUACGGAGAACUUGCUGAGGACAAAGAUGAAAUCCGUAUACCAGAUGUCGAACCUGCUGCUUUUCUCGCUAUGCUGAAGUACAUCUAUUGUGAUGAGAUCGACCUGGCUGCUGACACAGUGCUUGCCACACUGUAUGCUGCCAAAAAAUACAUCGUCCCUCACCUGGCCAGAGCCUGCGUUAAUUUCCUAGAGACCAGCCUGAGCGCCAAGAAUGCCUGUGUGCUCCUCUCCCAGAGCUGCCUGUUCGAGGAGCCAGACCUGACACAGCGCUGCUGGGAGGUGAUCGAUGCGCAGGCCGAGUUAGCGCUGAAAUCUGAGGGAUUCUGCGACAUUGACUUCCAGACGUUAGAAAGUAUCCUUCGCAGGGAAACUCUGAAUGCCAAAGAAAUUGUGGUUUUUGAAGCUGCUCUCAACUGGGCUGAAGUUGAAUGCCAGCGACAAGAUCUGGCCCUGAGCAUUGAAAACAAACGCAAGGUCCUAGGAAAGGCACUUUACUUGAUCCGCAUCCCCACCAUGGCCCUUGAUGACUUUGCGAAUGGUGCUGCACAGUCCGGAGUAUUAACUCUCAAUGAGACCAACGACAUUUUCCUCUGGUACACUGCAGCAAAAAAGCCCGAGCUGCAGUUUGUGAGUAAGGCCCGCAAAGGGCUGGUCCCCCAGCGCUGCCACCGCUUCCAGUCGUGUGCCUAUCGGAGCAACCAGUGGCGCUACCGGGGUCGCUGUGACAGCAUCCAGUUUGCAGUGGACAAAAGAGUGUUCAUCGCAGGCUUCGGGCUGUACGGCUCCAGCUGUGGCUCUGCAGAGUAUAGUGCCAAGAUUGAACUCAAGCGGCAGGGCGUGGUCCUGGGGCAGAACUUGAGCAAGUACUUCUCAGAUGGAUCCAGCAAUACCUUCCCUGUGUGGUUUGAGUACCCAGUGCAGAUCGAACCAGACACCUUCUAUACAGCCAGCGUGAUACUGGACGGCAAUGAACUCAGCUACUUUGGACAGGAAGGCAUGACGGAAGUUCAGUGUGGCAAAGUGACUGUUCAGUUUCAGUGCUCGUCAGAUAGCACCAAUGGCACUGGGGUACAGGGAGGGCAGAUCCCUGAGCUUAUCUUCUAUGCUUGAACUUCACUCCCCAAGCACGAGCAGUGGGAGCUUUGAGGUGCACAUCUGGGCCCUCCUUGCUUGAUGCUUUCUUGCUCAACUGCAGAUUGAUCAGCGCAGGUCAUUUGUCAUGACGAAGCAGUAGGCAGUUUCUAAUUUCUUUCAACCUUUUAAUUAUGUACAGGCUAAAUUGCAGCAUUCUGCUUUUAACUGUGUGCUUAGAAGAGCCAUGUUCUUACGAAGGCUUUGUGACUUAGAGUUGUGUCUAUACACCUGGGAGAUUUUGUACUCUCCCAAGUGUCUCACUGGCCAUCCAGUUUUGUCCCUCUGAAGAAAAUUUUAACUCACUUCAAAUUCUAAAGGAUGUUAUUUAAUGAGUCUGCAAAGUCUAAAACCAUAUUAUUAUUGUCUAAAAAUCAUAUUACUUUUAAACAGGCUCUCUUCACUGUCAAAAACAGAGAUGAACCUCAGUGUACAGUUUUGGGGGAGAAGUUUUAUUUUGUAAUCAAUCAUAAUUUUAAAAGGAGAUGGUAGUCAUAUCUGGCUAUUCCUUUAAAAUCUGUUGCUUCUGGGCUCUGCCUUUUUUAUUCUAAAUUCAUAUGGUUGUUACAUAUUACAUAUAAUUCAAAAUGUUCAUGUAAAAUAGGGAAGUAAACAAUUGGAUAUCUGCUCAGAUCAAUACUUCUGCUACAAAGCAGAUUUAUAUUAAAGUCUAGAAGAUUAGAAGAAAAAUUUUAAGAAAAAACAUUGCCAGCAGAAAGAAGUUGCAAGCCCAAUAAUUUACACUGAAAUCAAUUUUUAAAAAGAGUCCU